AUGGGCCGGGCUUCCCCCUUAGCUCCUGUGUCUGACCUGCCCCUGUGCCGAGUCGGACCAAUGCGCCUCGUGAAGCGUCUCUCUCUGUCCCCAGACUUGCGGUCCCACAUUGAGAGGGGCCGCAUCUACAGCGACCGCUUCAUCAAAAGAGAGGACGACUCCUCGCACUCGUCGGCCUGUGUGGUGGACACCACUACCAAAGGGUGCCUAGAGGAGGCGGUGGGCUGGAGAGGUCGUUUCGGCAACUCCCUGGUCCGAGGCCUCCUGGCCGUGAGCUUGGCGGCCAACGCUCUCUUCACGUCUGCCUACCUGUACCAGAGCCUGAGCUGAGCCUGCCGCCCCUCGUCCCCUGGCUCCCUGCCGGGCCAGCCCCAAGGGCCCGGGACACUUGUCGCCGCAGGUUAUCCUGCUCCCCCCUCCCACCAGGCCCUACUUGGCUCAAGGACCGAAUGCUUGUUGCUCCCACCACCACCACCAAAGACCUUGGGGGGCCGGUGGCAAAGACCCCCCCUUCCAGGGCGGCCGACUCACUCUCCAGGGAACUCCUGCUUGCGUCUCUCUGGCCCUCCUCCCUCGAGCCCCGGCUUCUCUCCUGCCAGUGUUGGAUGUUACCGCAGAGGAAGAAGCCCAGAGGAGGCGCCCCGCACUUCUUGGCACGACCCUUUCUCUCCUCCUCAUCCCGUUUUUGCCCAUUUUUCGAACAAGCUGGCUGCUUCUCCUAAGUGCUCAGACCUUAGGUGCUGAGUGGCCUUCUGUGCCCUGCCUGGGCUCUCGGUCGAUUCCUCAGGCUGCACGGCCUUGGGGUGUCCUGGAGCCCGGGUUCCCGACGCCAAGGCUUCUGCGGGCCAUUCCCCCGCCAGAGGUGCCGCUGCUGCUGUGAUGCCAGCCAGAGCAGGAGCGGGAAGAGCCCCGCCGUGGUCGCCUCCUUGUCACAUCCCGGCAGGUCUCUCAGGGACGGCUUUCCCAAGGCCAGGCUGGCUCACAGAGGGGCUCGGUUGGGGAAGGGAAGGCUCCGGGCCUUCUUGAGGUCUCCCAGGCCUGACGUGGGCUCUUUGAAGCCCCAGCUAGUCCUACCUCUUGGACCGUGUGGGGAGCAAGAGAGUCGGUGCACUGCAGGCCCCUCGGAGGAGAAGGGCUGCUUCUAAGAGCGAGCACCCCACUCUGCGGUAAGUGGUGCUGGGACCGUGAAAUCUGUUGUGUGGCAAGGAAGCCCCCUCUCUGCCCCCUGGCCUCUGCCUCCUGACCACCUCCCCAGCAGCCAAACGGGGCCGGCGGGAUAGAUACUGCCUUUUAUUCCCGGUCGGCCGCCGGGUUCCCUCUCCCCUCCUCGGGCCGAGCGCGCAGGUCCCCUGAUCUUCCUCCAGGACGGCUCCUCUCUUUCUCCCCAUCCACUGCCAUGGGGGGCUUCGCUGUGAAACCUCUCCCUGAACGGCCUCCCUUUGCAGAGUCAGCAGGGGGUGCUGUGUCCAGCCUCUGCCCCUGCCCCCUGCCGCCCGGCCUCUCAUGUUGUUCUGGGGAUGGGGCGACGCGGGUUUUCCCAUCCUUCCUUCCUCUUUUCCGACCUUCCCACAUCCCGUCCCCAAGGAGUUUGGAGCCUUUGCGAGGGGGAAGCAGGCUUUUGCUGCCCGGUGCUAGGACUCUGGGGGGAAGCCGUGCCUGCGUCCACAUCCACGCCCGCGUCUGAUCUGAGCCAAGCUUUGGCCUCGUCCUCCUUGGCCUGAGCCGAGAUGACGAGGCCUCGGUGUGUCUGCAUCGCCCAGCUCACGGGGUUGGGCUGUUUAGGGGGAGCCCCUUGUGGGAAGGAUUCCUGCGGGGGGGGGGGGGACUAAAGAAGGAUUUCAGUCUUCACACACAUUUGUGUUCAAGGAUGUUUUAUUUUUCUAAAAGAAUUUUUUUUUAACCAAUCAGGUAUUCUGGGAAAAGUGAGGUUUCUUAAGACUCUUCUGUUCUAGGAGACUUCCAGUUUCUUACUCUUGAAAGUUUUUUGUUACUACUUUUUACCAAGUGUUUAGAGAAGGGACAGUGAGGACGGGAGCCAGUCCAGGCCCAAGUGAAUUUGCCCCUCUUCCUGUUCCCUGCCUCUCCCUGAUUUCUUGGGAUUUCUGGACCUGCUUCCUGCCCUCCAGGGCUUCUUUGGACUCCACAUCUCCAGCGGAGAUGGAAUUUUAAAGGCUGAAGUUAGUUUCCAAGGCACUGAGAGGCAGCCUCUGAGUUAGGAAAAUGAUCUGGGUUUGUCCUACUACUGACCUACUAGCAGUGUGACCCUGGGCAAGUCACUUGACCCCCUCAGCUCUCGAUGACUAACAAGAAUCGAUGAUCUGCAUGGGUGGAGAGGGAGCUCCCCAAGCCAGUGAAAUCACAGGUCUGGACCUAAGCCCACGUAGAAGGAAGCAUUUGAUGGACUAAGAGAUUGAUGUCACUCAGUCCUAACUAAUUAGAACUUUUUUUUUUCCAAUUUUAUAAACUAGCCCAAACACCAAGAGGAUUUUGUGUUUCUUUGUUUUAAACAUAAACACCACCACGGUUCUCACACUGGCCCCCUUCCCAAAGAAAGAGUGAGUGGGAAACCCAGAUAGUGUUGAUGCUUCCGGGCUGGGCCAGAGCCCUGCAGACUGAGGCACUGCCUUGAGGGAGAAGGACCCCCUCCCCCUGCCCCCAUCCGAUCCAGCCUCUAUGAGCUCCUUCCUGGGGAAGCCAGGCAGCAAACCCUAGCCAGAUUUCCACCCAGUCCCCUCUCCCAAGCUUUCUUCACUCAAAGAACAUUAUUAGUGGGGCAUGUGCUAAGGGGUGGGGGGAUAGGGAUGGGACAUGCAUCUCCCAGCUGGUUUGGAGUUUUGUUCUGUGUUUCAAGCGAAAAAGACAACCUUAUUUUUCUUUAAAAAAAAAGGAAAUUAAAAAAAAUUAAGAUGUAUAUGAUACACCUUUUGAAAUAUAAA